CUCCCCCAACACACAGAAAACGUGUAAUUUUUAAGGAGCUGGCAUACCGGUUAAAGCUUGUGCUGCCCUUGCAGGGGACUGGGGUUCAGGUCUCAGAGCUCACAGCUGCCUGAGCUCCAGCGAAUCAACCCUCUACCCUCUCGAGCACCUGCACUCACUUGUGCAUAAAUACACACACAUGCACAUAACUUAAUCAUUUUUAAAAUUGUUAGUAGUCCCAUGCGCUUCCUUCCCAAUGCUUAACACCUGCCACGACUCCCAGGCGCAGCCUCGGCAGCUCCAUCCUGUAGAAAACUCCUUUUUUUCCACCUGAUUUCUAAAAGUGAGGCCCAGUGCAGCUGGCCCGGAGUCAGGCAGCUAGGAAGCAGCAGAGAGGCCGGUAGGCUGUCGUUUGUGCAGGCUGGUGAGGUCAGGAGUGAUCCCUGGCUCUGAUGGCCUACCUCAUCCCUGAGCAUGCGCCGAGCAGCCUGUGUGUAACCUGCCUGUGGUACUCCCGAUGGUGAUGAACCACCUUAAGGCUUCAAAAGGUGACACUGGAGGAUCUGGACUCCAUAGAGGGGCGUGUCCCCAAAACAAACUGGUUAAACAUUGUAAAACAGACCCCAGACACACGCUGACUCACAAGCUGGGCAUCUACACUAUAGGCAGUCCCCAUACACUUAUGUCAUUACAACAAGCCCCAAAUUCAUUCCUCCUGUCAAUACCCCCAUUUUCAACUUUUGUUUGUAUCAUUUUUGCUUUUUGAGGUAGGGUCUCACUGUGUAGUUCUGGCUGCCCUGGCCUUGCUGUGUAGAGCAGAUUGUCCUGGAACUCAGCCUGUGCCCCUGGUUCUGCUCCCUAAGUGCGUGAGGCAUGCACUGUCAUGCCCUGGACCUUGUUUCCUCCUGACUGGUGAAGAAGUGGGAGCUCCGCGAAAGUCAGAGACCCAGGCCGCUGUGACCCCAAACCUGGGCAGGCAGCUGUCCUUGGAUGCUCCUCACCCUGUGGAGACUCAGUGCCAGGUCACAACUCAACCACUGUGAACUUCAAGAAAUAGGCAGAGCCAAGCCAGACCGCCAUACAGCCACACUGUUACAGGGCAGCCUGUGGCCUCUGCAGGCCCCAUAGGAGGGUCCACCCCACCACUGCAUACAUUGACCAGGCCACUUCCCAGUUGCACCCUUGCUAGUGAGGACCCGUGGGCAGCUCCCAAGAUGGGUGAAAGGAAAGGCCAAAACAAGUACUACCCCCCAGACUUCAACCCCGAGAAGCAUGGCUCUCUCAACCGAUACCACAACAGCCACCCCCUUCGAGAACGGGCUCGGAAGCUGUCACAAGGCAUCCUUGUCAUCCGAUUUGAAAUGCCGUACAACAUCUGGUGUGAUGGCUGCAAGAACCACAUCGGCAUGGGUGUGCGCUACAAUGCAGAAAAGAAGAAAGUUGGCAAUUACUACACAACUCCAAUCUACAGGUUCCGAAUGAAAUGCCACCUCUGCGUCAACUACAUAGAGAUGCAAACAGACCCUGCCAACUGCGACUAUGUCAUCGUGAGUGGUGCAAGCCGCAAGGAGGAACGCUGGGAUAUGGAAGACAAUGAGCAGGUGCUGACCACAGAGCAUGAGAAGAAAGAGAAACUGGAGACGGAUGCCAUGUUCCGCCUGGAGCAUGGCGAGGCCGACCGCAGCACACUGAAGAAGGCCCUGCCUACACUCAGCCACAUCCAGGAGGCACAGAAUGCCUGGAAGGACGACUUCGCUCUGAAUAGCAUGCUGCGCAGGCGCUUCCGGGAAAAAAAGAAAGCCAUGCAGGAGGAGGAAGAGAAGGACCAGGCGCUGCAGGUGAAGGCCAACCUAGCCAUCCCUCUCGUGCCAGAGUCAGAGGACGACCGCAGACUGGCUGCCCUGCUAAGGCUGCACACACUGGACUCCUAUGAGGACAAACAGAAACUGAAGCGCACGGAAAUCAUCCACCGCUCUUGGUUCCCCUCGGCCCAGGGACCCAGUGCUGGCAGCAGCAAAGCUAGCAAUGUCUUGAAGAAGCUGUGCCAGGGCCGCAGACCAGCCCCCAGCACCACGGGCACAGUGGGGGACCUGGGCAUAGUGAGGAGAAGGUCUCAAGAAGUUCCAGAAAGUCCCCAGUGUGCAGCAGACAGUCCCUUGUCAGCAGAACCAAGAGGGCCACCAGGAGCCACCCAGGACAGACCUCAAGAGACAGCAGAAUCCACGAGGAAUUGUAGAGACCAGGCCUUACCCCUGGAUUCCUCCCAGGAGGACCUGCUGCGCCCCAGCAACCCCAAUGCCUCCCUGGUGGCUGACUACUCGGACUCAGAGAGCGAGUAAGGGAGUCAGAAUUCCAGAGACCAGAAGCCAUCACUCGUCCAGACCUCACGGACUGCAGGCCUCAUUGCCGCCGGCCCAGCCACAGACUUCUCUCCCUGUAGAGAUCAUUAUUUAUUUAGUUUUGCCGAGGAUGUCUGUGCCUUGGUAGAACCCCUGACACUGUAACAUUAAAGCCCUGUUCUUUGUCCCUGCCUUGGGUUGCUAAAGUCA